AUGGGUGAAUCACCAACCACACCAGGGGCCGGGGUAACAACCAAGUGUCUGAUGGAUAACCUGAUGGGUCUUCUCAGAAUCCGCAUCAAGAGAGGUGUUAACCUCGCCGUUCGAGACGUCCGAAGCAGUGAUCCUUAUGUAGUUGUCAAGAUGGGUAAACAGGAAAGCCAUGAUGUGGCUAGCUUCAGGCUUUUAAGGGGAAUUUCAUUAAUGCUUGACAGUGUUAAGAGGCUGAAGACUCGUGUAAUUAGGAAGGAUGUCAAUCCCGAAUGGAACGAAGAUUUAACUCUGUCCAUUCAAAACCCUAAUCUUCCAAUCAAGCUGAAGGAUGCUGGUUAUGGUGGUGCUUUGAUCACCAUAUUUAACAAAAAGGAUGCUGGUUAUGGUGGUGCUUUGAUCACCAUAUUUAACAAAACUGUGUACGACCAUGACACAUUCACCAAGGAUGACAAAAUGGGAGAUGCAGAGUUUGACAUUAAAGCAUUUCUAGAGGCGUUGAGGAUGAAGUUAGAUGGCCUCCCAAGUGGCACUGUAAUUACACGAGUACAACCUAGCAGGACAAACUACCUGGCAGAAGAGAGCACUGUGAUCUGGAAAGAUGGCAGAGUCAUGCAAGAUAUGUGCCUCAGGUUGAGAAAUGUGGAAUGUGGCGAAGUGGAACUCGGAUUACAUUGGAUUGACCUUCCUGGCGCCAAGGGCUUCUAG